UAUAUUUUUAUUGACAAAAGUACUAAAUAUUCAAUUGAUGGAAAUCGGUAAAUUACAAAGUUUCUGGAAGAAGAAGACAUCUACAUCACCUUCAAUACAAAAUGAAUUAUCAUCUGAAAAAAUUAACAAUAAAUCUAAAUUGACUGCUAACCGAAAUGCAAACAAUAGUAACAAUAAAGACACCAUGGAUGCUCCUAUACAAAAACAUGGAUCAGUCGAUGACUUGGGUGAGAUCAGACCAGAGGUGACACCAGAGGGUUAUGGACUGAGAACUCCGUAUGGAACUCAUCUGAAUUUGGAUUUUUUACAAUACUGCCAGAAUAUCGCUGACGGCGAAACAUACCAAGGGACAUCACCCAGCAAUUCUAGAAGAUUGAGUUCAGGCUCAUCGAAAGGAAGUUUGAAUCUGUCUUCACAAAAGAUUUCAGAAAAAUCGAAUGAUGAUGAAAAUGAGGCAUCAAACUCCAAACAGCAGGUUGAAAAGAAUUUAUGGGAAACGAGAAGACGAUUGGAUGCAUUCAGAUCUUAUCGCAAGAAAUCAUCUUCAGCUUUGGAUAGUAAACAAUAUAUUGGCCGAUUUAAUAGAUUAUCGCCAAAAACCUAUAUCAAUAGUGGACAGAGAGACUUGUCAAACGAAAGUGAUUCAACAGAGACACCACCUGUACUCACCAACCUUCUGAAUGUUCCUGUUCCACAACAAAAUUUGCAAGCAGUUCGAGAACAAAUGGCGGCCGCUCUAUCGAGGCUCAAAUAUUUGGAGAGUGAGGUGAAACAAAUUCCAGUACUACAAGUUCAAAUUUCCGUCUUACAGCAAGAGAAGCAAAAACUUAAUGCAGAGUUGAAAAAAUGCAAAGAAAACUCACAAGUGAAUGGACAAGGUCUGAUCAUUCAAGGUAUUGAUGAUAUACUGGCGGGCCAUGUAAGUGUUAAAAACGGCAAUUCUGUUCAAUCCACUUCGAGACCCUCAUCAGUUGAGAGCCCCGCCUCUUCUCCCCGCUCUUCAGGGUCUCUUCCACCUCCACCACCAAGAAGGAAAUACAAAUCUACCUCAGCUGGUCCAGACGUCCCUUUUGUUGAAAAUUCAGCAGAGGAAAUUAUGAAACUGAGACAUGAAGAACUUUUGAAGCGUUUGGGUCGAGCUCCCGUGAAUCUGAAUGAAUAUAACCCUUCUGAUGAAAAUACGUUAACUUAUAAAGACGUAUGUCUCGGCAUAUCACCUGAAACUGAAUCCAAGCAUACAAGUACCGAAACCACCAAUGUAUGCAGUGUUAAUACUUCAUGUAAUGAUUUGAUAGCGACAGCAAAUGCUUCUUGUGGAAAUCAUACCAUCACCCAAAAUGCUGAGAGUCAGUAUUAUAGGUUAUACCCUCUUGAAGAACGAGGCACAGAUGCUCCGAUGCAAAAAUUGUUUACUGAUGCCAGCAGCCAAGUUCUGGAAAAGCAAUUUUGUGAGAAAGGUGUCAUCACUGAAAAUGAUUUUGUAAUCAAAUAUCCCGCUCAUCAGAUUGAUAUUGGUGUUGGCGAUGAUCCAGCUUUCGAAGAAAAGGUACCUUGCAUUGAUGUGGCAAUAACCGCUCAACCGGAUAUAAAUACCCAAGGUGUAAAUACAACAAGAGUGGCUUCCAUUGAAACAGCCAUAACCUGUAAGCCAGAAGUGGACGAAUUUUCUUGCCUGGUCAAUAUUCAUCCAGAUAGGGAAGAUGUAGCAAUCGCCACGGAAACAACUGCAAAAUCUGAUUUUGGUACCAUCACAGAUGAUUUUAAACCUGAAGUAACUGAUCGAGCUACCGAUACCGGACCUCAAUCACAAUCAGAGAAAUCGUGCCUGUGUCGACCUGAUGCUGCGGAUUUUGGCUGCAAUGUUAAAAUCGGCCCCAAAGUUGUCGUUGCUGCAACUUCAACAGAAUCGAAAACCUUAGUUGAUGCAACCAUAAACACCAACAGGGUUUCUUAUGAGAAUGCUUUGAUGCAACAUAGACCCUUCACAUCAGAUGCAUGCUGCUUUGCCAAUAUUUUGCCACCAAGUAGUGAUGUAUCUUUGGAGACUUUCUCAUCUUCAACUGAAAUAGCAACUCAAGUUUCUAUUCCAAUUCUUGUGCCUGAAAUAUCAAAAUCUGAUGCAAUGACCGAUACAAAUGAUCUGGACGAAAUUCAGCCAUUACGAAGUAUACAAAGUGAAAUUGGCAGCUAUGUUGGCCAGGUUGAAUCUUUAUUAGAAGAACAACAGUCAUUGCUUGCAGAUAAAUAUAAAGAGUUGGAAGGCGUUCUGGAUGAAAAAUCUCAAAAUGUUUCAGCUUCUUUUGUUAGCAACAGUAAAGAUUUUGUUGUCGAUCCCAUAGUAGCCAAAAAUCAUGAGGCAGAUGAAAUUUCGCCAAUCAAAGCAACCGAUGACUUGGAUGUUUUCACAAAAGUCGGAUAUAAACUGUCUAAUGAGUUACAAUCAGCUUGCACAGAUGUUGAUGAACACAUAAAGCGUCCAACAGAAAUAUCAUCUGCUUUUAUGGAGAACUCUCUUUUCAAACUCCAGCAGGAGUGGAUGGCCAUCUCAUCAUUGCCUACUUCAAGACCGGAUUAUAUAAAAGAUUUUGCUUUCGAGGUCAAAAGUAUAUCUUCAGAGGUUUUGAAAAAAAUUGUCAAUGCUACGGAUUCGACGGGUAACUCUGCUCUUCACUAUGCAAUAUCUCACGGCAAUUUUGGACUGGUAUAUACACUUGCUGAUAUUGCUGAGUUGGAUGUGGAUAUAUACAAUAAUGCAGGAUACACUGCAAGUAUGCUUGCCGCUAUCACACAAAUACAAACAGAAUUUGAAGUUCAAGCAAUUGCUGCAUUGUUUUCGAGAGCAGAUGUCAGUCUUCAUGCAAAACGAGCAGGUCAAACUGCACUCAUGUUAGCUGUAAGUCAUGGUUGCCUUCCUGCUGCAAAACUGCUGUUGAAAGCUGGGGCCGAUAUCAAUUCCCAAGAUGAGGACGGCUCAACAGCAUUGAUGUGUGCUACGGAACAUGGACAUAUUGAUAUUGUUAAAUUAUUGCUGGCUGAUCCAGAUUGCGAUCCAACAAUAACAGAUCAUGAUGGCAGUGCUGCAAUCAACAUUGCAAUGGAGAGUGGUCAACGAGAUAUUGCCGUUCUUUUAUAUGUUCAAUUAAAACUAGAUUAAACUUUUUUUAAUUUAUUUUUGUUAAAAAAAAAUAGUCCCUAAAGGAGUCGGACACAGAAUAUGGUAUAGACGUACCGGUACUUGUCUGUUUUUAUAUAUGCAUUAAAGAACUUAACCCAAUUUAUGUUUGACAAAUAGCAAUAGUUUACUUGGUUAUAAAUGUGGUCCAAUAUCUUAUCAUUGUCUAUAUAUUAAUUUGCCAAUUUAACAUUGUGUAUACGUUAAUCUGCCAAUAUAUCCUUAUAUAUUAUUGUCAUACUAUUUUGUUUUAUAAUGCCAUUGUGUGAAAUGUAUGAAAUGCCUUUCAACUUGUGUCAUAUAUUUAAUAUUAUUACUCUUAUACUCCAUAUUACUUACUUGCAUUGUUCCUCUUCAUUUACUUAGUUUUUGAUUAUUUUUUUGUUUAAGUGGUACUUAUUUCGUUGUUACCUAGUACUCUAAUAUUUUUACUCACGUGACGGUACUCAAAAUGUUAAAUUUCAUAUUGAUCCAAAAGCAUAAGGUAAUGAGGUUAAUGCCAAUAAUAUUGGUGCCAUGUAGAUUGAAAUUAAGAUUUUUGAGUUUUAGUUGAGUGAAUAAAUGAAGUAUUUGGUGGAUGUCAGUGCCUUUUAAUGAAAAAAUGUUUUUAAAUUAGACUGUGCUCUAAAAGCAACUGAUUUUCAACUCUCAGAUUUUUGAUGGAUUUAUUCUGCAAAUAUUAUAUAACACCAGUCUAGCAAUUUUUCUGUAGCAAAUGAAGCAAAAUGAUUACCUCGGGCAAUUAAUACUUAUACGACACAUUUUCAUGAACUUAUGGUACUCUUUUUUUACCUUGCAUCUUUCGAAUUGAUUUUAUCUUUGCAAAGUUUUGUUUGAUUUUUAUUCCGAUAUUUUAAAAUUUUAAUUACAAUUUCAGAUUGUUACAUGUUGUUCGUCCUGUAGUUUCAAAAUUCUUCAGUCUCUGAUGUUUGUUAAUUUUAUGUGAUUCAUGUAUGUUCAAAUAUAAUUAACUGGGUACAAUCAAAAACAUGCAAUUAAAUAAUGAUUAGAAUAGAUAUGCGUAAUUGUUCCUAUAAUGGAGGAAUUGUUCUUAUCGUUAUCUUAUUUUCUUCCAAUAUAAAGCAUUUAAAUGUGUGUA